CAUCACCAGCUAUCGUGUACCACAACAUUCUUUUCAAAUCGCCCUGUUUAAACGUCGAAAACGCCGCCAAUAUUGCCGCUCUUUCCUGGACGGGUUUUGGGCAGAAAUGUGUUUUCUCUUCCGCGAAAGGUGGUGAGGGGAGUCUUCAUUUGCGUGUAAACCGUGGGUAGGUUACCCGAACGUGCGUGCGAUCAUGGCGGCGGGGAGACUGGGUGAACUAUGGAUGAAGUUUUGGGUGCCGCCUCGCCCAGCUUUGAAGGUCGACAAGAAAACUCUGGAAAGAACAUGGAAACUCAUGGAGAAAGUCAUGAGAUUAUGCCAGUCCGACAAAAUGAAACUGAAGAACAGCCCUCCAUUCAUUCUGGAUAUUCUGCCGGAGACGUAUCAUCAUCUCAGACUAGUUUGGUCUAAAUAUGAAGGAGAUGACAAAUUGCCCGACCUUGUCGAAAAUGAGUACUUCAAAAUCUUUGUUGACAACAUCAACAAAAAGGCUAAACAGACAAUACAACUGUUCAAAGACAAUAAGGAGAAAAUGUACGAUGAGAGUUCUACAUGUAGAAGGCAACUUAACCGAAUGUCUCUGAUUUUUAGUCACAAUUUAGCCGAGUUGAAGGCUCUCUUCCCAAAUGGACUUUUUGCCGGUGAAUCCUACCGCAUCACGAAGGCAGAUGCUGCUCAAUUUUGGAAGAAAAAUUUUGGUUCAAGAACCAUCGUGUCAUGGAAGAUCUUCCGUCAGGCCCUGACAGAGGUCCACCAAGUCCGCUCUUCGAUGGAAACCUUCGCCCUGAAGACCACCAUCGACCUCACCCGCAACGACUACAUCUCCAACUUUGAGUUUGAUGUCUUCACCCGCCUGUUUCAACCCUGGUCUACCCUACUCCGCAAUUGGAACUGUCUAGCGGUCAACCACAGGGGAUACAUGUCCUUCAUGACCUAUGAUGAGGUCAAGAACAGAUUGGAACAGUACAUUAGCAAGCCAGGGAGCUACAUAUUCCGCCUGAGCUGCACCCGGCUAGGCCAGUGGGCCAUCGGCUACGUCACCCAGGACAAGACAAUCCUACAAACCAUUCCACAAAACAAGUCUCUCUGUCAGGCCCUCAUCGAUGGUAACAGGGAAGGAUUCUAUCUGUACCCUGAUGGCUGCGAGGACAACCCAGACCUAACGUCGGUACUUACCAAACCUCCAGAAGAACUGAUCCACGUGACAGCAGACCAGUAUGAGCUCUACUGCGAGAUUGGAUCCAGCUUCCAGCUCUGUAAGAUCUGCACAGAGAACGACAAAGACAUCAAGCUGGAACCCUGCGGGCAUCUGCUCUGCUCACAGUGUCUUUCUGCCUGGCAGAUGAGGAUUAAUUCAAACAGGGACACUGAUGGUCAGGGCUGUCCGUUCUGUCGCUGUGAGAUCAGAGGAACAGAACCAAUCAUCAUCGACCCCUACAGCCCCAAUCGGAUGAAGUCCGCUCGCAGGAAAGCAGAGGAGGAAAAAGAAAAAGAGGAAGAAAAUAAAAAAGAUCGAGAUGAUGAUGUUGAUCUUCCAACUAACCACGCCCCUACCCCGCCCAUACCCACCCACAUCCCUACUCCACCUGUACCCGACGAACCUGUCUACGCCGCCCCUAAAAAGAAGAACCAGGCGCACCCCUUACCAAGCGUUCCUGGUCUCCCUCCACGCCCCUCCCCCAUCUCCUCCCCAGUCCACUCCCCUAACAUCUCGCCAAGGUCCUCGGUCCAGUACGGGGGUGCGAGCAACGGGACCGGUCCCUUGUCACCGACACCCCUUCUGCCACCCAGGAGGUACCUGAAUGAUGGGAGCACGGAGGAAGGGCAGCAAGAUGACCCGGAGGGGUCGUAUCAAAAUACUGCUGCUCUCAAUCAGCAAGCAUUUGAUGAGAGCCCCCUUCUGCAUUCCCAUACCACCACCACUGGUUCAUCAUCGCACGAGUCAGGCUCCGUCACGGCGCCCGCCACGCCUUACACCACCGGCGCUGAGAACCCCGCCAACCUCCUCUACAACACCGAGGCCAUGGAACGCCUCCGCCAGCACGCCGCAACCGCUUCGAACCGCCCCGGUAACCCCUUCCGACGCUCCAUCAGCGAGACGACCGACGCCAACGCAGCGCUGAUGUUCUCCGCCUUCGCCGCGAGCAACAACGUCGGAGAGGCGGCCGGCGCUACGGGUGAUUUUCACAUAGAUUCUUUUCUGAGCUCUCUAAUGGGUGCUACCACCACCGGGGACCACUCAAAUAACCCCAUAUACCAAAACCAACCACACCUUCUCCACAACGACUCCUCCAAUUCUUCCCCUUCAUCCUCUAACUUGGAUCUUACUUCUCAGUUUUGUCAAGCUUUGCCACCGCCCAUCUCUUCACAAUCCUUCUGCUCUGGCCCCAUGGGGGGUCUUGAGACCGCCGGCGGGGGUCAGGUCAAAGGUCAUGGGCUAUCACCUCUUAUCAUGCACUCGGGUCACGCUGGUAAUGGCGCUGCAGGUGGUGGGGGUGAUCAGGACACUAUCUACUUAAACAUCACUCCUCAAGCUUCUACAGGCUCACAUGAUGAUGACGCUGUCCAGUACGAAUGGCCUCCCCCUCCUCGGAGCGUGAAUGACCCCCCGCCUCUACCCCCUCCUCACUCACAUCAUGUCCAUCAACAACAACAGGCCAAAGCACAAGUUAUGAGAGAGGCUCCAGAGGGCUAUGAACUUCCGCCCGCUUCACCUGUUAUUCAGCAGCAGAAUCCAUUAUUCCCUAAGGGUAUAAGCUACAAUGCUAAUCAAGCAUCAAGCAAUGCAGUCCCUCCGCCAAUCAACAGAACAUCCCCGCAGAUCUCUAAUCCAUCUUCCUGGCCUAUUUCUGUUUCAAGUGACUUCACCUCCUCUCGCCCAGGCCCAGGGAGCUCAGGGAGCCCCCGCCGUUCCUCCCCCUCCCCUUCCAGCCCAGCCCCGCCCUCACCAGCCCGCCCAUCCCCCUCACCUACCACCAUCAAACACCCCCCGGUCAACGCCCCGUCCCCCUCUACCGCCUGGAGCAGGGGCGGCCACCAACGCAGGCAGCAUGGAAGCCAUCAUCAGAAUCCUGACGCAAGAAGGUUUCCAUCGGGAGGAGGUCGUCAAGGCCCUGGACAUCACCAAAAAUAAUGUGCCAAUGGCUCGCAGAAUCCUCAAAGAACUUACAAUAACUUACUAACAAGGGGAAGAAAUCUGUCUGUUGAAGGUACAUGUAUUUUAACACGUACCUUUGUAAUAGUAAGAAAGGGCAAUCAUCUACUGAACGGUUCCAACGGGGGGAAGUCGUGAGGGCAGUAGACAUCACCAAAAAUAACGUGCCCAUGGCUCGCAGGAUACUCAAAGAACUUACAAUAACUUACUAACAAGAGUAGGAAUCGUAAGUUCUUCUUAGGAAUUAGUCUGCUAAAGGUACAUGUAUUUCAACAUGUCCCUUUGCACUUGGUAACAAUAGAAAAGGGCUUUAAUCUACUGAAGGUUUCCAUCUAAUACUAAGUGAUUAGAAGUGGCAAAGCUCUAGGGGGCACGUGCCCCCCCCCCCCCCC